UUUCUUAAAGACCAUCGGCAGCGGCAGCUUUUUUCCAUAUUGAUUAGUUAUGUCGCUUUUGUUGUUUACUCGCCACAUUUUUUUUGCCCAGGCCAGUUAAUUGCGUUAAUUCCCGGCGCGCGCGGGAAAAGAGGCGAACCGAAUCUCCGCAGGACUUCCACAGCCAAGCCCAGAAGUAACCAGAAACCGGACCCCAAAGUCGAGACGCGAGCGAGCGCACAAAUCCCCCGAUGUCCGCGGGUGUGGGUGGCGGAGGGAGCAUUACCACCGAGCACCACAGUCGCCUCUACUUCCUCAACUCGCCGACGGCCCCCCUCACCGCCCGCGACCCGUUCUUCAUCAAGCCGGAGUAUCUCAGCUAUGAGAGCCCCAUGCACCAUGCCCUCUAUCCGGGCAAUCGUGGCCUCCUAGAGUACAACAACUACACAAGUUCGGCGGCUGCAGCGGCAGCCGUUGCCUCAUCCGUAGCCACCUCCGUCUCCGUUUCGGUUACGGGUUCGGCGGCGGGUUCCUCGUCGGGAUCAGGAUCUGGAGCCGCUAGUGCCACCUCAGCCAGUGCAGCGACUGGCACAGCGGCCGUCUUGAGUUUGGAGCAGAGCUUCACCCAGCCAGGCAAUCCCCACCAGCAACAGCAGUCGCAGCAGCAGCAGCAGCAGCAACAGCAGGGGAAUCCCCACCAGGAGGUGCUCCAACAGCAGCAGCAGCAGCAUCCCCUGCAUCAUCAUUUGUCCGCAGGCGUUGUGGUCGAGGCCAGCCAACUUGGUGGCAUACCAGGCCUUGCCAAUCUUGGCGUGCCGCAUCUUAGCGCCCAGCAAUCCGCCACCCAGCAGCCAGGGCAAUCUUCAAGAGCCCAAAAGGCAGCUCGCCGGAGGAGCAACGAAUCGAUCGAGGCCAGGGAAAGGCGGCUAGAGAGGAACGCCGCCCGGAUGCGGGAUAAGCGGGCAAAGGAAUCGGAGGCCGAGUAUCGGGUGCGUUUGGCCAAGAAUGCGGAGGCGAAUCGUGUGCGCCGCCAGAACGAAACGGAAGUACAAAGAACCCUAAGACUGAUGAAGAAUGCAGCGCGGCAGCGACUGCGCCGCGCCUCGGAGACCGUCGAGGAGCGCAAGAAGCGGCUGGCGAAGGCGGCCGAAAGGAUGCGUGUGGCUCGCGCCAGUGCGCCCAAGGUCAUAAAGCCGCCGCUGGCCGACAGGCUCAAGGGUUACUAAGAGAGAGGAUCAUCUAGGCAUCCCGGAGCUAUUUUGGAGCUGGCUCUCCUCCGCAAGGCAGGUGGUGGCGAAGCGGAGCACCUUCUGCUGAGUAAGCUAAGGCCAGGAUCGGCAGGGGAACACUCAUGAAUAGAGGAACCAUAAAUAAUAUAUAUUGUAUACAGCCUAUAACAGAAAACCAGUCAGAAACAGAAACAGAAACGGAAACCAGGAGGUUCACCAGGAUCAGCAGAUGCAGUUGAAUGGGCAGCAGGCACUCUAGGAUUAAAGCCAGGCAAAUUUUUUUUUUAAGUUAACAAUUAACAAUUACCAAUUAACAAGAUGGAGAAACGUAAAGUAAUCAUAAAGUAAAGUAUUUUUAUAAUGCAUGCAUUAUAUUCGUACGGUAUGUAUGUAUACACACGCGACACAAGAAAACACACACACAAGCACUAGCAUAGUCAUAGCACACAUAUGUAUAUGUAGAGCCCCCAAAAAAGGCAGUAAUGCCCCCCAACCCCCACCACCCACUUUCCCCAGGAAAAAGGAAGCUUACAGCAGCGCCAGGGUGCCUCACUGUAAAUAAAAAUCGCAAACGACUGCGAAACUGUCGCAUCCGUAACUUAAAAAUCGAAAAAAAAAAACCAUAACUAAAAAAUGAAUUCGCGGAUGGACGAGGCAACAAGUGCCUUUCCAGCAAAUCCUCGGGCGAAACUUGCUAUAAUAUCAAAAUAUGUUUUUUUUCGAAAACAACUGAGGCACCCUGGCGGCAAUCAACCCCCAUAUGUGUGUGUAGUUGGUUCUUACCAUGUAACCCAAAACGGACAACGCCACUCACAUAAGGAUAUACACACUCGGCAGCCCCCACAUAUAUAAACAUAUAUAUAUAUUUGGAGCAUACACACAUGAUCCGUUGCCAGGCACAUAACGAAAUAUUUGUUAUAGCACGCAAUCCUUCUCCCUGCCACCGCCCACCACCCACAUCCUUAUCCUUAUCUUUAUCCCCCUCCCACGCCCAUGUCCUUAGACGGAUUGAAGACACUUCCGCUAGGGGCCCUCAUGAUAUAUAUAUACAGACACGUAUAUAUUAUGCUAAUUAUUAUUAAUAAAGUGUAACCAUUAAGUUCUAGUCGAAA